GAAGUAGAAUAGAUUCAAAAUUAUAACCAACGUCAACGUGUGUGUUACGUAUAUAAAUACAUGCUGAAAUGUAUUACAAAUUCACAAAACAUUCAAACACAAGAUAAAGACACCACCGUCUUACAAGAACUACAUACAUUGUUUCAAAGCUCUUUGUUUUUGAAAAUGAAGAUUGUUAGAUUCACCGUCGCUGUCUUUUUUGUACUUGUCUCUGUCUCAUCAUCUAACGCCGCAGUUGCACCUCCUAGCGGUGGAGGCAGCGGAGGAGGAGAUGCUCGGGCACUGCCGUGUAUACAGAAACUUAAGUCGUGUCAGCCGUAUCUCCACUCGGUGAUUCCACCACUGCCUGCAUCGUGUUGCCUGUCGAUGAAGGAGAUGGUCGCCAACGAUGCUCCGUGUCUUUGCUCCGUGUUCAACAACGUGGAUAUGCUCAAAUCGCUUAACCUCACUAGAGACAACGCUCUUGAUAUCCCUAAAGCUUGUGACGCCGAGCCUGACAUCUCACUAUGCAAAGCCAGCCCCGCGGAUGGUGAGUAACUUAUUACGACGCCGUUUAAUUGAUUUCUUGUUACUGUUUUUUUGUUCCUAAUUAGCUUUUAAAUUCUGUGUUGACCAAGGUCCUACUACGAAUUCGACGUCGUCCACACCGACAAGCUCUGCUCCGGCCAUCAACUUCGCCGGACUAAGCUUCGCAUCGACUAUCGUGGCAUUGGCAACAACCUUCUUCUGAUCUACUACUAUAUAUUACAUUUACGUCUUUAUUCAUUGUUAGAUAGGUUUAAUCUGUUUGAACUUAUUUUUGGUUACUUAAUAUUCAUAUGUUGUGUUCAAAAAGAAAAACUUAAUAUUCAUAUGUAAUGAGAAAAUCUAUCUAUAUAUAAUAGCAAACCCACUUUUUGUC